AAGGUCGGCGGAAGUUCCCUAAGUUUCCUGUGGCAUACAGGGAGCUAUGGCUAAACAUCACCCGGACUUGAUCUUUUGCCGCAAGCAGGCUGGUGUUGCCAUUGGAAGACUGUGUGAAAAAUGUGACGGCAAGUGUGUGAUCUGUGACUCCUAUGUGCGUCCCUGCACCCUGGUGCGCAUAUGUGAUGAAUGUAACUAUGGCUCUUACCAGGGACGCUGUGUGAUCUGUGGAGGCCCCGGGGUUUCCGAUGCCUAUUAUUGCAAGGAGUGCACCAUCCAGGAGAAAGAUUUGCGGCCAGCGGGGGCUACUCUUCGUUGCAGCAGGUGGGGUUUUCAUUGUGGUGGCUUCUCUUGUUGCAGAGCACGGGCUGUAGGCGUGCGGGCUUCAGUAGUUGUGGCACGUGGGCUCAGUAGUUGUGGCUCGCGGGCUCUAGAGCAUAGGCUUAGUAGUUGUGGCGCACGGGCUUAGUUGCUCUGCGGCAUGUGGGAUCUUCCCGGACCAGGGCUUGAAGCUUGAACCUGUGUCCCCUGCAUUGGCAGGUGGGUUCUUAGCCACUGCGCCACCAGGGAAGUCCCUAGUGUUGGUUUUUAAGUAUUACUUGAAAGUCCUGGAUUUUCACCAGGACCAAGUCCAGGGUAGUUUUUUUGUUGUUGUUUGGUUUUUUUCAGGGUAGUUUUUGUAGCUUGCUUUUGUGACAUAGAAACAGACUUGACAUACAGCCCUCCUCAGAAAGGAAAUCCAUAGGCAUUGAGUUCUCCUUGGUGGUUGCUACAGGAGCCCAUCUUAGGCUUCUCUUGGGGAUGUUUUAAUGGACAUGUUUAGUAUAAUGAAAACAAGCACUUGGCAGUCUAGUGUCUCCUUUUUUUAUGAAAUUUUAGAAAUGAAGUGGCCAUUAAACAUGGACAUUCAAUUCAAGCCAUAGCUGCCUAAAAUAAAGACUCCCUAUGCUCAGAAUGGGAAAAUCUGUCAUCCUCUGGGAGGAUUGAGAAAGGAUGAAAUCUGUAUUCACGCAUACAAUUGCUAAAAGAGCUGCUACCAUCAGGCAGACAUUUGCAGGUUGUCUUUUAUGUACUCCCUAGCUCGACUCACAAAUACUCUCUGUACCGCCCUUCGAGGUUUCUUUUUUUUUCUUUUUUUCUUUUUUUU